UCUGCCCAACUGAACAGAGUAAUCAGUAUAGCUAGACGCGUGCUGGAAUAGUCAUGGCAUCUAACCAUAAAUACAAAUGGGAUAGCACUCAGACAAAGCUUUUAAUACAGCAUUACGAAAGAUUCCCUGAACUUUGGAAUGUAGCAUUGAAAGAGUACAGGGACAAAGAAAAGAAAGCGGUUGCUGUAAAAGAAAUACCAGAACUUUUAAAUGUUAGUGAGGCUGAAAUAGCGAGAAGGUGGCACAAUCUGCGGUGCCAAAUGAACAAUGAAAUAAGGAAAAUGAAAGUAAAGAAGAGUGGCAUGGGUGCAGAUGAUGUAUUGGUGAAAAGCAAAUGGGAAUAUUUUGACGCUUUUCACUUCAUGAUUGGAUGUGUAAAACCCCAAGAAACUACUACUCUAUCAUCAUCAAAGGUUAACACUGAAAAUUUCCCUCAAACUGGAGGGCAAGUUCUAAAUCCUGAUGUCACUCCUGGGAUAUCUGGUGUAGGAAAUACUAAAGGAAAAUGUGCUAAGAAAUCCAAACACAGUGAAGAAGAUAAUGCAUUGAAAAAUGACAUAGGUAUAUUGAAUCAGCCACAAGGUGAUGAUUCGUUGUUUGGAGAAUAUGUUGCAUCCGAACUGCGUCAAUUACGUUCCAUCGAAAAUAGGAAAAGAUUGAAACGUGCGAUCAUGAAAACAACAAUAGAAAUUGGAGAAAAAGAGGACCAUGAAUUCUCAUCCCCUACUUCUACCCCUGUACUUCAAAGUUCAUACACUGAUUUGGCAGAUAAAGACUUAAUUCCUUCUGAGCCAGAUGCUCAGACAAGUGAUGUUGGUGACAUCAGCUUCCAGUACUCUUUAACAGAAUUAUAG